CAGCGGUCGAGGCGGCAGCGCGGGGGAGCGGAUCCGAGCCGGACGAGUUCGCGGUAGGCGAUGCCGCCGGGCGCGGGCCCCUCCGCAAGGCGGGCGUCGUGAUAGGCCGCCCGGUUCUGCGCCGCCCGGGGAGGCUGCGACGGAGCUCCCGGAUCGGCCAUGGGCUGAGACACGUCCUCGCCGAGCAGUGACCCUUCCUUAUCCCACCAGAACAUGCCUGGGUGACGCCUUCCCAGAACUUCCUUGUGGCCUUCCUCACCCUCCCCAGUGACACUAUGCAACCCCAGCGUGACCUGCGAGGCCUCUGGCUCCUGCUGCUGUCCUUGUUCCUGGUCCUCUUUGAGGUGUCCAGAGCUGGCCGUCCCGUGGUUAGCUGUCCUGCUGCCUGUCUGUGUGCCAGCAACAUCCUCAGCUGCUCCAAGCAGCAACUUCCCAACGUUCCCCACUCCUUGCCCAGCUACACUGCACUACUGGACCUCAGCCACAACAACCUGAGCCGCCUGCGGGCUGAGUGGACCCCCACCCGCCUGACCCACCUGCAUUCCCUGCUGCUGAGCCACAACCACCUGAACUUCAUCUCCUCCGAGGCCUUUUCCCCGGUACCCAACCUGCGCUACCUGGACCUCUCCUCCAACCAGCUGCAUACACUGGACGAAUUCCUGUUCAGUGAACUGCAGGCACUGGAGGUGCUGCUGCUCUACAACAACCACAUUGUGGAGGUGGACCGCUCUGCCUUCGAUGACAUGGCCCAGCUGCAGAAACUCUACUUGAGCCAGAACCAGAUCUCCCGUUUCCCUCUGGAACUGGUCAAGGAAGGAGCCAAGCUGCCCAAACUAAUGCUCCUGGAUCUCUCCUCCAACAAGCUAAAGAGCUUACCCUUGCCCGACCUGCAGAGGCUGCCUGCAUGGAUCAAGAAUGGGCUCUACCUGCAUAACAACCCCCUUCAGUGCGACUGUGAGCUAUACCAGCUCUUUUCACACUGGCAGUACCGGCAGCUGAGCUCCGUGAUGGACUUUCAGGAGGAUCUGUACUGCGUGAGCUCCAAGAAGCUGCACAAUGUCUUCCACCUGAGUUUCCUCAACUGCAGUGAGUACAAGGAGCGUGCCUGGGAGGCCCACCUGGGCGAAACCUUGACCAUCAAGUGUGACACAAAGCAUCAGGGGAUGACCAAGGUGUGGGUGACACCAAGCAAUGAACGGGUGCUAGAGGAGGUGGCCAAUGGGACAGUGAGAGUGUCCAAGGAUGGCAGCCUUGUUUUCCAGCAGGUGCAGGUUGAGGAUGGGGGUGUGUAUACCUGCUAUGCCACGGGGGAGGCUUUCAAUGAGACACUAUCUGUGGAGUUGAAAGUGUAUAAUUUCACCUUGCACGGACACCAUGACACCCUCAACACAGCCUAUACUACCCUGGUGGGCUGUAUCCUCAGUGUGGUCCUGGUUCUCAUAUACCUGUACCUCACCCCUUGCCGCUGCUGGUGCCGGGGUGUAGAGAAGCCUUCCAGCCAUCAGGGAGACAGUCUCAGCUCUUCCAUGCUUAGCACCACACCCAACCACGAUCCCAUGGCUGGUGGGGACAAGGAUGAUGGUUUUGACCGGCGGGUGGCCUUCCUGGAACCUACUGGACCCGGGCAGGGUCAAAACGGCAAGCUCAAGCCAGGCAACACCCUGCCAGUGCCUGAGGCAACAGGCAAGGGCCAGCGGAGGAUGUCGGAUCCAGAAUCGGUCAGCUCGGUCUUCUCUGAUACGCCCAUUGUGGUGUGAUCAGAAUGGGUUGGUGGGGAGAUUCUGCCCCAGGAGAGGUAAUGCACCCCUGAAGGAUAAGAGGGGAUGGAAGAGAGGGCUGGCUGCCCAAGGGAGUGGGUUCCCCCCGACCUCAAGGGAAUUGGUCACAGGUACAACAGCAAGCAAGACCCCAACCAGGGUGUGACUGCCAUGAUUUUCAAAUAUGGAUAUAUUAAUCCUCAGGCAAAGGCUACACCCCUACCCAAAGCCCUGGCAAUUCUGAAUGUGGUGGAGAAGGAGGAGGGUGUCUGAGUCGGGUGGGAAUGAGGACGGGGUGAGGGAAAAAGCAGAUUCCCUAAACUUUUUCAAGAUCAUCCCUAGCUCCUUAAAAGAAAAUUGUAAUUUUUUUCUAUCUCUGCCCACCCACACCUGUGAUGUUGUGGGGGGUGGCCUUCCACAGGAGCCACACUGGGGAAAAGCUGUAGUAUCUUCAUUGGCCAGGAAGUCACACUUCACAGCUGGGGAGAUUGAAAACCAUAGGAAAAUGAGUCAGGAAAGGUUAAGACCUCAAUCAGUUACACUCCCCAAAGCUGUUGUGAAACUUCCCACUAAUGCCUUCCUCUUUCC